AGACAUGUCGGCAACGUGCGUAAUCGAUCGCGCGUCACGCUCAGUUGCGUUCGGUUGCAUUCGGUUUGCAAUCUACGGCUCCCCAACGAUGAUUAGUGUCGCGAAAGUAUUGCGUAUCGUUGUCUCACGUUAGUUGCACAAAGAACCGUUAACAAUUGACAUGGGCGUCGUCGCAGAAAAGUGGACGAUGAGUCGCGCGUGGAUUUUGAUCGUCGUUAUAUUUCUCUCCGCGAAUGCCGGUCUUUGUUUACGCGACGAGAUCGUGGAGGCUGCCUCGCCGGUGCCAGUAGUACUUUGGCAUGGAAUGGGUGACAGUUGCUGCUUCUCUUUCAGUCUUGGAAAAAUAAAGGAGAUUCUUGAGAGCGAAAUUCCUGGUGUCUACGUCAAUUCCAUACGCAUUGGAAAUGACGCUGUAGAGGACGUCGAGAACAGUUACCUUGGAAAUAUUAACGAGCAAGUAGGACAGGUGUGCAAGCAACUGUCGCAAGACGCGAUGCUUCAAAACGGAUACAACGCCAUUGGCUUCUCUCAGGGGGCGCAAUUUCUGAGAGCGGUAGCGCAAAGAUGCCCGCACCCACCAAUGCUGAACUUGAUAUCUUUAGGUGGUCAGCAUCAAGGUGUCUUCGGGCUACCAAGGUGCGCAGACUCGUCUCGAAUCUGUAAUUAUAUGCGACGGAUGCUUCAUCACGGUGCAUACUUAUGGUAUAUUCAAGAGUUGGUGGUGCAAGCCUCUUAUUGGCACGAUCCCUUGAACGAAGAUGAAUAUAGGAAGAAAAACAUCUUCCUUGCCGAUAUAAAUAACGAAAAUGUUAUUAAUAUGGACUACAAGAAUAAUCUUCAGAAACUUCAGAGUUUCGUGCUCGUGAAAUUCGAGAACGAUACAAUGGUUGACCCAGCGGAAUCGGAGUGGUUCGGAUUCUACAAGCCCGGCCAAGCAGAGGAGGUGCAGGAAUUACAACAGAGCAAGCUGUACCAAGAGGACCGCCUCGGAUUACGCGCAAUGGAACUGGAUGGCAAAAUCCAUUAUCUUUCACUACCUACUGAUCACUUGCAGUUUACUGAUGUCUGGUUCACGGAGAAUAUAAUUAAGAAAUAUUUAAUAUAAGAAAUAUAUAUAUAUAUAUAUAAGAUCAAAGAAAUAUAUAUAUUACUUAUAGUAGAGUGAGGGCUUUAGGAUAAAAAAACAAACAAUGUACGUGAUAAAAGAAACUCAAUAAAACUUUUGUUUUUUUUAUUACUUA